GCGCUCCCCGGCCAACCGCAGCCCGGAGCCCGGAAGGCCACGGCGCGGUGGGCAGCAGACGCCCGGCGCCGGGGGCGAAGGAGGCCCGACCCUAGGGCCUCCCCGAGCGGACAGGAAGCACCCACCUGCCCGGAAGGCGGCGGAGGAGCCGCCCCAGUGGGGCGGUGAGGUGGAGGACGCUGACAGCCGCGAGCGCGGAGGGCCGCGGCGCCCGAGGGUCGCACUGAGGAAGCCGCGCGGGGCGCCGCCCGUCACCAACGACUCCCGCUCGCAAGAACCGGCGGUCGGAUACUCACGUUUGACUUGAAGAAAGAUCUGGCCACUCCAAGGCUCACUGUAGUGCUAGAUUCCCCUACUCUGACGGCUCCCUUGCGACGUCCCCCAUCGCAAAGCUCGCCUGCUGCACGCGCUCGGCUACCACUUCCGGCGUCACGCCUCUCCUAGGAAGAUGGCGGAAGAGCCGGAUUCUGUCCUGCAGCUCCCUUCGUCGGCUGUGGCUGCUGGCGGCGAAGGCCCUGGGGAACUCUCUCCCGAAACAGCGACACCAGAACCCCCUUCUUCUGCUGCAGUUUCGCCGGGAACAGAAGAACCCGCCGGCGACACCAAGAAAAAAAUUGAUAUCCUGCUAAAGGCUGUGGGAGACACCCCGAUAAUGAAAACAAAGAAGUGGGCUGUAGAGCGAACGCGAACGAUCCAAGGACUCAUUGACUUUAUUAAGAAGUUCCUUAAACUUGUGGCUUCUGAACAGUUGGUAUAGUGAUUGUUUUCCUAU